AAAGCCCGCUGUCGUAAACAAUCACAUGGCGACAACAUGGCAGCUUCAGACUCGUCUGCAGAUUAAUACAGUUUUUAUGGAGUGUUUCCUGCGUCGUGGACGAAAGUUGGUUUAUUUUCCAUCUCUCCGCUGCGGUGGUUUGUAGAGAAGAGAGAGACGGUGAAAAAUAAGCGGCUCGUCCUGUUGUCAGGCCGGUUGUUGGACCACAGUUGGCGCGUGUGCAUACACCUGCAGUCGGUCCUCAUCAUGUUCGUGUUGGUGGAGAUGGUCGACACCGUCAGGAUCCCACCGUGGAACUUCCAGAGACAACUGAACGAGGCCAUAGCCGAGGAGCUCAACAAGAAACUGGCCAACAAGGUGGUCUACAAUGUUGGCCUCUGCAUCUGCCUGUACGACGUCACUAAACUGGAUGACUCCUACAUUUUCCCCGGAGACGGAGCCUCACACACCAAAGUUCAUUUCAGGUAUGUUGUUUUUCACCCGUUCCUCGAUGAGAUCCUGGUCGGCAAGAUCAAGUAUUGCAGUCAGGAGGGAGUUCACGUGACGAUGGGCUUCUUUGACGACAUCCUCAUUCCUCCAGAGUCACUUCAACAGCCUGCAAAGUUUGACGAAGCAGAGCAAGUUUGGCUUUGGGAGUACGAGACGGACGAGGGGGCCCACGACCUCUACAUGGACCAGGGAGAGGAGAUCCGUUUUCGGGUGACAGAGGAAGUCUUCGUGGACACGUCGCCGACGGGCCCGGCCGCCGCAGCAACAGACACGCCAGCUCCACCUGGACAGUCUACGGCGCCUCCGGCAGAGGAGAGCGGGGAGAAGAAAGAGUCGCCCUACACUCUGAUUGCGACCAUCUGUGAUCCGGGCCUGGGGCUAGUGUCGUGGUGGAACAGUUAGCGCUGCAGAGGCAGGAGAGGACGCUGGGAACGGACUGAUCGGAGAGACGAGGGACAUUCAGCUGUAGACACAGAACCCUGUCCGUCAAGAGACAAAGUGGAGCUGCUCUUAACCUGGAUACUGUUGGUGUACAAGCAAACCAGUUAUUCUGAGACUGAUUGUUUGGUAAAUACUGUCCCAGAAAUACCAGCUUCAAUGACAGUUUGACCCCAAAAAUCCACAGAGGAGAAGAAGCAAGUCACAAAUUAUUCAAACAUUAUGUUAUGUCUUGAAUGUGAUGGACCUUUUAUGAUAUGAGAUAUUGUAAAGGUGCUAAGGCAGUGACAUAUGGUUGAUAUAAAAUGACCUGUUAGUCAGAUGUCUAAUGCAUUUGCAUUUUAACUGUUCAACUUAUCCUUUUAUUUUAGAUGGUAUUUGUGCAAACAUCCUCAGUUUAUUUAACAGCCAUGUAAUAUUUUGUAUUUCUCUUCAAUCGCACAGUAAAAAAAAAAAGGACGUAUUAUCAUCAUCA